CUGUGAGCGUGCUCCAUCUUUCGACAUUCACUGAGCAACAGGGAUAGAAUACUUUUAGCGCUAAUAGCGUCCCCCCGAACUCAGCCGUAAACGCAUUGUUUGUAUUUACAACGAAAAUAUUUCUUCUAUAAAAUUGUAUGAACUUUGAAUGUUAACGAUUAUUUUACGAAGUUAGGAGAUACAUAUUAGAUAUUAGAUGAUAAAAUGGAAAUGCAAGAAUUUUGCCGAAAGUUACCUAAAGUGGAACUUCAUGCACAUUUAAAUGGUUCAUUAAGUAUGAAGACAUUGCGAAAAUUAUGUAAAUUCCAACCAUCAGGCUCUGUUGACGAAUAUCGCCAAACUCUUGUAAAUCUCACCAAUUUUUCAUCUUUAAGCGAAUGUUUUAAAAUAUUUGAUAUAGCUCAUACACUAACAACUUCACCAACAACUAUAUUUAUUGCUACUUGUGAUGUGAUAAAAGAAUUCCACGAAGAUAAUGUGAUUUAUUUAGAAUUGAGAAGCACCCCUCGUGCUGUAAAAAAUUUAAUGACAAAAAUGGAAUAUCUCCAGGCUAUAAUAAAUGCUAUCGAAGUAUCCAAGUAUGAAUUCCCACAAAUUCUUGUAAAACUAUUAGUAUCAAUUGAUCGAAAACAAGGCUAUGAAUCUGCAGAAGAAAACAUAAAUCUUGCUAUACAAUUUAGAGAGAAAUAUCCAGAGCAUAUUGUGGGUAUUGAUAUCAGUGGCGAUCCAAUAUCGACAGGCAAUUCAUAUUUAGAGUUAUUAGAAAAGUGUAGGAAAGUAGGCCUUAAAAUUACAGUUCAUUGUGCAGAGAUAUCAAAUGAAGUGGAAACAAAGGAUAUAAUACAAUUUAAACCUGAUCGAUUGGGACAUUGUACUUGUAUUCAUCCUAAUUUGCAAGGUUCUCAACAAUUGUUUGACAUGUUAUUGGACUCAAAAAUUCCUGUUGAAUUAUGCUUAACAUCAAAUAUUAAGUGUAAAACAGUACCCUCUUAUGUAUAUCAUCAAUUUAAAUAUCUAUACGAAGCUGGACAUCCUAUAACGAUUGCAACUGACGAUAAAGGCAUUUUUAAUACGUGUUUGUCAAAGGAGUUAGAGAUAUUAAGUAUUGUUUUUAAUAUUGGAAAAGAAAAGCUCAAAGAACUAUCUUCAUUAUCUGUACAAUAUAGUUUUGCAAGUGUGGAGGAAAAGAAAAGUUUAUCAGCAAUUAUUGAAAAUUUCAAUUGAAUUAAACAUGUAUUAUCAAUACUUAUACAAUUAAGAAAUACAUUAAACAUUUAUUUUUAAUUGUAUAAGUAUUGCUAUAAUAUUUUUAACACAUUUUAACUUAAAUCCUAAUAUCUUUUAAAUUUUUUAAUUAUUAAUAAGAGUGUAUUUAAUAUAUAAGAAUGU